AUGAUCACAAUGGAGUCCGCCCUGAACCCCCUGCCUCAGUUCACAGAGAACUCCUACAAGAGUAAGUAGACCGCCACCACCUACAGUGUGUGAUCAGCUGUUCACCUGUAAGGGCUGACCUCUGACCUUUGUCCACCUGACAGUGACGGAGGAGGACGUGAAGAGGCUGAUCGAGUUCAGGGCGUCGAACGAGGCGCUGUUCACGGGGAAGAGGAACUCGGCAAAGAUCGCGUGGAGGUGAGUCGCUGGACGGUUCGUCGUCUUAAUGUGAAGACAAAACAGUUAGAGCUCCCCCUGCUGACCGCCGACUGCAGAGCCCGCCCCCUCCAUGUGAACAGAUGGGCUCUAAAACCUCAAACCACACAGAUAAACGUCAGUGUAGGACAUUAUACUGUCCUGAGUAAUGUCCGAGUGUUCAGAGUCUGACAAACUUAGUCUGAGGGGGAAACAGGAGGAUAUAAAAGAGGGUCAACACCAUGAUUGACAGCUCUGUUGACCAAUGAGUAGAGGAGUGUAUCAUGAGGAUCAUUUCCAUAACAAGAGAUUCUGAAGUAGGAAAUUGGGAGUAACCCAUGUUGUGCAUAUUUAAACACUCUCAGUGGUCCUGGCUUGAGCAUUCUGACCCCCGACCUCCCCCUUCAUCCUGAUCGUCUCCUAAAAGGUCGUAUCCUCCGAUCGUAGCUGAUCGUAAACAUUCAAGUUAACGUGUCAAUUUACACCGACUUCUUUCCGUUCCUCUGCGGAUCGCCGGACUCCUCAGCUGAUCACAAGAGUUCGUGUUUCAGGAGGAUCGUAUUUCACACCAUGCAAACGGGCGGAGACGAACAAGUGAAAGGUUUUUAGACGCCAUUUCACCCCCGAUGACACCAUGAGUCAGAUUUCAUUUAUUUGUCAUUGCACAUGUCAAGGGUACAGAGCAACGAAAUUGCUGUCCAGUUCGACCCUUCCAAGAAAACAUCAAAAGACAGACACAUACAGGAGGGACAGGAGCGGGAGGAGCUGACGAAUCGCCACAAGGGCGCGCCGUUUUCUUAGAUGGGGAAAAAAAAGGAGGACAGGGGUCCGUUUCACGUAGGUGGUUCAACAAACUCUGAGUUAAAUCCUUAACUCUGAGUUGAUCUACUCUGAGUUAGGAAACUCUGAGUUUCCGGUUUCACAACACCUGAUUUGAGACGGUUUUAACAACUCCGAGUAGUUUGACCUGGAGUUAAGCACGUGCACGCCAGACAUAAACAGCCAGCAUCUGUGGAGCGCAGAUUCAAUGAUCAACCAAUGGAAACAGGGAGAAGGAGGGGGCAGCAGCAAGCCAACAGCGAAUGACAGCACGUUUUUAAAAGAACGUGCAAUACAGCAGCAGCUGCAGAGGAGAGGGAGAGGGCUUGGGAGGAAAUCGCUGCUCGCGUCAAUGCGUAACUUUAAAUCUAGUCUUGUGCAAACACAAUGACAGACUGUUGCAGGGAAACUGCUUGAAUCAUUUUGAUCAUGUUUUACAUUGUCAAGUAAGUAUUAAGUGGCAGUUUGAUCCCUUAGAAAAUGCUCUUUUCACACUCAAAAAUGAAUUUUACUCUCUUAUGAUGUUCCGUUAAAUGAUUAGGAAUAUUAAAAUAACUCUCAGUAUGUAAAUGUACAUAUAUUAAACUAACACACACUACACUCAAUAUUAGACUUUCACUCAGCAAACAGAAAGAGGGCAGAUGCCAGAAAAACGGGUGGUGGCCCAGCAGCCCCACCUUUAACGGAGGCAGAGGAGCUGCCCCCCCCCCCCCCCCUCGACGAUUUUAACGGAACAUAAUAAGAGAGUAAAAUUCAGUUGUGAGUGUGAAAAGAGCAUUUUCUAAGGGAUCAAACUGCCACUUAAUACUUACUUGACAAUGUAAAACAUGAUCAAAAUGAGAAAAUGCCGAUGUCUCACCAGGUUAGGUUCACGGAGUCUGUUACUGUGGUAACUGACCGCGAGGUUGAGUUACCUCUCUUUGUGAAACAGGUUAGAGUUACCCCUCUCUCCCUGGUUUAACUAACCCUCCUUUGUGAAACGGAAAACUCAGAGUUUCCCUGAUUUCAGGGUUAACAAACUCGGAGUUUCCACUAAACCUGCUACGUGAAACGGACCCCAGGAGGGAAAAAAAGGAAACUUCAGACUCUGCUCCUUUGAAGUAGAUUUCACAAUCUAUUGCUUAUAUGUCUAUGUGGCUGUCUGUAUGGAGACAACUCGUUAUUGCACGAUUGAACGUGAACUCUUUUGAGUUCUCACGAUUACCGCCGUCUGUAAUCCAUCACGAAAUUCGCCUCAUAAACGGAAGGAAUUGGAUGACGGUGAAAAUCGCUGCCGUUCUGAUUGGAUGGUUGUUGAUUUUUUUGGUGUGUUUUUUUUCUCAGCACCAUCCUGAAGGGUCUGGGUUUGGAGGGGAAGCUGACUGCAGAUCAGAUCGCCAAGAAAUGGGACAACCUGCGGACGAAAUACAAGGUGAGACUCGCUGUGCAGGAGUGUGUGAUGCUGCUGUAAAUGUCACUUUAGAAUGAACGACCAGCUCAGACUGCCGCCCCCUGCUGGAUCAGAGAGGUAUCUCUUCAUGUUAGCUUGUGUUGUGUUCAACUGUGACCCUGCAGCGUUGAGCCGUCGUCACUCUGAGCUCGCUCCUUCAGCUUGUUGAGUGAUGGGUUUUAGUCUUGUUGCUUCCUCCAGGACCUGAAGCAGCCCUACCAGGGCCAGGACCACAUCGGGGGGGUGGUGGAGUCGUGGCCCUGGUUUCACAUCAUGGACGAGGCCAUGCAGGGUCGUCUCUACAACAGCAACCUGGUGCUCUGCCCGGAGAACGCCAACAACAACAACAACAACCACGCCCACCGCUGUAACAAUAACCAGCAGAACCAGGAGAACACGGACAUCCUGGAGUUCCUCAUCAAAACCGAGAUGGAGGACACGGUGGCUGCAGAAACCGCAGAGGAUGACGGGAUGGUUCACUCGGAGGCUCCGCCCACCGAGGGGGUCCCGAUGGGCUGGAGGAGGAUGAGCGAGUGCUCCUAUAAAAGUAAGCAGAGCAAGUCUUUAGUUCUGGUUCUUCUCGCUGAAGGACACUCAGCUCUUAUUGACGUGGUUCUGGUCCUUUUUGAGGGUUCAGCUCUGCGUUAGUCCCUCCAAACGGCCUCAUCUUCACGUCUGACAGCUCCGUCUUUUUCUUCUAGUGUCCGAACAGGAAACGGAGCGAAUGAUCAAACUCCGGGCCGCCAACGAGGCGCUCUUCACCGGCAGGAAACACUCAGCCAAACCAGCCUGGAGGUGAGGGAACUUUGAGAUGUUUGGGUUCCUCCUGAAACCUUCUUGACUUGGACAGUCUUUAAGAUCAUCUGUGUGCAGACUCUGGUUUUAGGAGGUUUGAUAGUUUUUAACUCUGUGGACGGCUGAAGGAGUCUGAGGAGGUUUGAAGUCACUAAACUCAGACUCGGCUGAUAUUUGAAUUGGUCGUUUGAACCUUUUAAAUCCGUUUGAUGAUUUUUUUUUUUAUUUAGUUUUACAAAUCCUAGUUUACAAUUUAAUCAAAAGGAAGCUCUUCACACAUCUAUAAAAUAAGACAGGCGUGAUGGAGAAAAAAAGACCAAAAUGUAACAAAGGGAUUCCCGCACACUCUCCAACUUGCAAUCAAUCAUUUGUUUUCAACGUUUUGGUACAAGACCUUCAUCAGACAAAGAAGAGAGGCCAUCUUAAAUAGGGAGUGGUCGUUUCUCCAUGACCAAUCCCGUUCUCAGGCGUAAACACAGAGGGACAAGAUCAUCAUCAUCAUCAUCAUCAUCAUCAUCAUCAUCGUCGAGUAAUUUGACCAAAGAGACAGAAAAUAAACAACCAAACACUCUGUGUGACGUCCGUCUAAAGAAAAUACCCACAUGUCCAGGAGAGAAAUCCAGAAAUCCAGAACGUCGUGAAUCGAUUAUAAAUAAAUCAGUAUUUAAAAGUAUGUUUACACUGUAAGUUAAAAACAGAUGAACAAGUCUCCAUAUUUAGUAAGAAAGGGCACAUCGAUUUCUCCUCUCCUCUUCCUCUUCUCUCUUCCUCUCCUCUCCUCUCUCCUCUCCUCCCCCCUCUUCUCCUCUCCUUUCCUCUCCUCUCUUCUUCCUCUCCUCCCCUCUCUUCUCCUCUCUUCCUCGCCUCUCUUCCUCUCCUCUCUCCUCUCCUCUCCUCUCCUCUCUUCCUCUCCUCUCUCCUCUUCUUCCUGUCCUCUCCUCUCCUCUCCUCUCUUCCUCUCCUCUCCUCUCCUCUCUUCUCUCCUCUCUUCCUCUCCUCUCCUCUCUUCCUCUCCUCUCCUCUCCUCUCUCCUCUCCUCUCUUCUCUUCUCUCUUCCUCUCCUCUCUUCCUCUCCUCUCCUCUCCUCUCCUCUCUCCUCUCCUCUCUUCUCUUCUCUUCUCUCUUCCUCUCCUCUCCUCUCUCCUCUCCUCUCCUCUUCUCUCCUCUCUUCCUCUCCUCUCCUCUCCUCUCCUCUCCUCUCUCCUCUCCUCUCUUCUCUUCUCUUCUCUCUUCCUCUCCUCUCCUCUCUCCUCUCCUCUCCUCUUCUCUCCUCUCUUCCUCUCCUCUCUUCCUCUCCUCUCCUCUCUUCCUCUCCUCUCCUCUCCUCUCUCCUCUCCUCUCUUCUCUUCUCUCUUCCUCUCCUCUCUUCCUCUCCUCUCCUCUCCUCUCCUCUCUCCUCUCCUCUCUUCUCUUCUCUUCUCUCUUCCUCUCCUCUCCUCUCUCCUCUCCUCUCCUCUCCUCUCCUCUCCUCUCCUCUUCCUCUCCUCUCUUCCUCUCCUCUCCUCUCCUCUCCUCUCUCCUCUCCUCUCUUCUCUUCUCUUCUCUCUUCCUCUCCUCUCCUCUCUCCUCUCCUCUCCUCUUCUCUCCUCUCUUCCUCUCCUCUCUUCCUCUCCUCUCCUCUCCUCUCCUCUCCUCUCCUCUCCUCUCCUCUCUUCCUCUCAUCUCCUCUUCUCUCUUCCUCUCCUCUCUCCUCUCCUCUCCUCUCCUCUCUUCCUCUCUUCUUCUCUCUCCUCUCCUCUCUUCUCUCUCCUCUCCUCUCUUCCUCUCCUGUCCUCUCCUCUCUUCCUCUCCUCUCCUCUCUCCUCUCCUCUCCUCUCCUCUCCUCUCCUCUAUUCCUCUCCUCUCCCCUCUCCUCUCUUCCUCUCCUCUCCUCUCCUGUCCUCUCUUCUCUUCUCUUCUCUUCUCUUCUCUCCUCUCCUCUCCUGUCCUCUCCUCUCUUCCUCUCCUCUCUCCUCUCUUCCUCUUCUCUCCUCUCUUCUCCCUUCCUCUCCUCUCCUCUCUUCCUCUCAUCUCCUCUCCUCUCCUCUCCUCUCUCCUCUCUCCUGUCCUCUCCUCUCCUCUCCUCUUCUCCUCUCUUCCUCUCCUCUCCUCUCCUGUCCUCUCCUCUCUUCCUCUCCUCUCUCCUCUCUUCCUCUCCUCUCCUCUCCUCUCCUCUCUUCUCCCUUCCUCUCCUCUCUUCUCCCUUCCUCUCCUCUCCUCUCUUCCUCUCCUCUCCUCUCCUCUCCUCUCCUCUCUUCCUCUCCUCUCCUCUCUUCUCUCCUCUCCUCUCUUCCUCUCCUCUCUCCCUCUCCUCUCCUCUCCUCUCCUCUCCUCUCAUCUCCUCUCCUCUCCUCUCCUCUCCUGUCCUCUCCUCUCCUCUCCUGUCCUCUCUUCUCUCCUCUCUUCCUCUCUUCUCUUCUCUCUCCUCUCCUCUCUCCUCUCCUCUCCUCUCCUCUCCUCUCUUCCUCUCCUCUCUUCUCUCCUCUCCUCUCCUCUCUCCUCUCCUCUCCUCUCCUCUCCUCUCUCCUCUCUUCCUCUUCUCUCCUCUUCUCUCCUCUUCUCUCCUCUCCUCUCCUCUCCUCUCUUCCUCUCCUGUCCUCUCCUCUCCUCUCUUCCUCUCCUCUCCUCUCCUCUCCUCUCCUCUCUUCCUCUCCUGUCCUCUCCUCUCCUCUCCUCUCUUCCUCUCCUCUUCUCUCCUCUCCUCUCCUCUCUUCUCUCCUCUCCUCUCUCCUCUCCUGUCCUCUCCUCUCUUCCUCUCCUCUCCUCUCCUCUCUCCUCUCUCCUCUCCUCUCUCCUCUCUUCCUCUCCUCUCCUCUCCUCUCUUCUCUCCUCUCCUCCCCUCCUCUCUCCUCAGACUGUUUUAAACGUCUGUUGUCUACCUCCUUGAACCUCCCGUCUCUCCUCCAGAGCCAUCCUGUACGAGCUGGGCCUUCAGGGGAAACUGACCACAGAUCAGCUGGCCAAGAAAUGGGACAACUUGAAGAGGAGAUAUAAGGUGAGUUAGUCCAGGUCCGUGAGCUCACCUGAGUCCUGAUGCUCCUCAGAGCCGAGGUGGUGAACCGGUCGGAGUAUUUUCAGUCCCAGUCCUCGUUAUAAAAACGACCCUCUCUGCCUCCAUCAGGAGCUGAAGUUUCCCGCUCGAGGCGUGGAGACAAACCCCAGUUCAUGGCCCUGGUUCUACAGAAUGAACGACGCCAUGGAGGGACGAUUUGCCGGGGCGGCGCCCAUCCUCACGCCCAUCGUGGAGUCCGAAGACGAGGACUGCGAGCCGCUGUCGCCCACGCCGAAGAAGCGAGCGAGGCGGAGCCGAGGGGGGAUGGCCGAGUUCCUGACAGAGUCUGAGAUGGACCUGCUGGUGGAUCACGAGGAGAAGAACGGAUCCACGGCUCUGGGAGAACUGCACCGCAUGGCCGAGUUCUCCUACAAAUGUGAGAAGAGCGAGCGGGAAAGUCCGAUUCUUAAAACAGAAACGCCAUCAGGUCAUAAUCGGAGGUCGUCUGUCCGUGAAUGAUGAAUGUUAACCUCUGACCUCCCUCACAGUGACAGAAGAGGACACCAGACGACUGAUCGAGUUACGAGCCGCCAACGAGUCUCUGUUCACCGGGAGGAGGAACACGGCCAAACCCGCCUGGAGGUAAAACCAGGAAACCAGGGAGUCCAGACCCGAAUGAAAAACCGUCACCGUGUCCGGGUCAUGGUCAGUCAUCAGAGGUCCAAGUUCUGAUCAGUCCUCUUCUGUGUCCUCAGGGGGAUCGUGAAGGAGAUGGGUCUGACGGGGAAGAUCACGCCUGACCAGGUGGCCAAGAAGUGGGACAACCUGAAGACCAAGUUCAAGGUGACAGACUGGUUCUGACCGGUUCUGGGGUCAGAAAAGAUCCAAACGGUUCCUGGAGGACCCGUCCUAAACUAAUCGUCCGUUUUUCUGUCUGCAGGAUCUGAAGUUUCCUCCUCGGGGGAUGGAGGCUCAGACUAACCCCGCCUCCUGGCCCUGGUUCCAGCUGAUGAACGACGCUCUGGAGGGACGGCUGGCGGGGAAAGCUCCAAGAGUGACGCCGGUGUGGAGCAGCGAGGAGGACGGCGUGUUCGGCGCGUCUCCGCCCCCCGACAGAGACUGUAUGCUGACGGAGAGGAGCAGCGUGUCCGAGCUGGAGAGCAUGGUGGGCGGGGACAACGCCGAGACUGACGGGAACGUGACCUACAUCGACGCCAGCGGGGAGGAGUGCUCCACCCCCUCAGACCUCACCUACAAAAGUGAGACAAAGUCUUCUGCUCCUCCUUCUUCACCUCCUCCCCCUCCCCCUCCUCCUCCCUCCCCUGGUUUGAUUCGUUCAUGAAGGUCUGAUCUCUGGUGUUUGGUGGUUGCAGUGACCGAUCAGGACACCAGGAGGAUGAUUAAACUCCGAGCUGCCAACGAGACGCUCUUCACAGGGAGGAGAAACGCUGCUAAAGCUGCGUGGAAGUAAGUUUGGAGCGACUCAACUCUUUGUCUCUGAUUCAGGUUUAAUGAAGUUGUUGCUCCUCAGACCUGUCCGCCAUGUUCUGAUGAGGAUUUUCUCUCUCUCUCUCUCUCUCUCUCUCUCUCUCUCUCUCCCUCUCUCUCCUCUCCUCUCUCUCCUCUCUCUCUCUCUCUCUCUCUCUCUCCUCUCUCUCUCUCUCUCUCCCUCUCUCUCUGUUUCUGUCUCUCUCCUCUCUCUCUCUCUCUCUCUCUCUCUCCUCUCUCCCUCUCUCUCUCUCUCUCUCUCUCUCUCUCUCUCUCUCUCCCUCUCUCCCUCUCUCUCCCUCUCUCCUCUCUCUCUCUCUCUCAGAGCGAUCCUGAAGGAGCUCGGUCUUCAGGGGAAAGUCUCCACCUACCAGAUGGCGAAGAAAUGGGACAAUCUGAAGAGGAGAUAUAAGGUACUGCGGAGAGAACAAACAGAUCAUGAACCUCCUCAGAGCUCCUCUCAUCCUCUUCAUUUCUCCUCUACUCUCUCUCCUCCUCUUAUUUACUCACCUCUCUUCCUCCUCCCCUUGUCUCCUUUUUCCCUUCUUUCUUGUCUCCUCCCCUUUUUUCCUUUUUUCCUCCUCCCUUGUCUCCUUUUUCCCUUCUCCCUUGUCUCCUCCCCUUGUCUCCUUUUUCUCUCCUCUCUUGUCUCCUCCCCUUUACCUCCUCCCCUUGUCUCCUUUUUCCCUUCUCCCUUGUCUCCUCCCCUUGUCUCCUUUUUUACCUCCUCCCCUUGUCUCCUUUUUCUCUCCUCUCUUGUCUCCUCCCCUUUACCUCCUCCCCUUGUCUCCUUUUUCUCUCCUCUCUUGUCCCCUCCCCUUUACCCACUCCCCUUGUCUCCUCCCCUUUUUUCCUUCUUUCCUCCUCUUUUGUCUCCUCCCCUUUACCUCCUCCCCUUGUCUCCCUUUUCCCUUCUCCCUUGUCUCCUCCCCUUGUCUCCUUUUUUACCUCCUCCCCUUUUUUCCUUCUUUCCUCCUCUUUUGUCUCCUCCCCUUUACCUCCUCCCCUUGUCUCCUUUUUCCUCCUCUCUUGUCUCCUCCCCUUUACCCACUCCCCUUGUCUCCUUUUUCUCUCCUCUCUUGUCUCCUCCCCUUUACCUCCUCUCUUGUCCCCUCCCCUUUACCUCCUCCCCUUACCUCCUUUUUCCCUUCUCUCUUGUCUCCUCCCCUUGUCUCCUCCCCUUUACCUCCUCCCCUUACCUCCUUUUUCCCUUCUCUCUUGUCUCCUCCUCUUUACCCACUCCCCUUGUCUCCUCCCCUUGUCUCCUUUUUUACCUCCUCCCCUUGUCUCCUUUUUCUCUCCUCUCUUGUCCCCUCCCCUUUACCCAUUUCCCUUGUCUCCUCCCCUUUUUUCCUUCUUUCCUCCUCUUUUGUCUCCUCCCCUUUACCUCCUCCCCUUACCUCGUUUUUCCCUUCUCUCUUGUCUCCUCCUCUUUACCCACUCCCCUUGUCUCCUCCCCUUGUCUCCUUUUUUACCUCCUCCCCUUGUCUCCUCCCCCUGUCUCAGGAUCUGAAGUACCCCCCUGUCGGGAUGGAGAGUGCGGCGGACGGCGCCUCCUCCUGGCCGUGGUUCCACCUGAUGAAUGAAGCGAUGGAGGGCCGCCUGACGGGCAGCGCCCCCCUCCUCACCCCCGUCACCCAGGAUGACGAUCAGCACCCUGACCCCGCCCCGAGACAUCGCUCCCGAGCGGCCCCUCCCCCGUCUUCCGUCUCAGACUUUGUACAGGAGGCGUUCAUCGACGGCGGGGACCAGCGAGGCCCCGAGGUGUGCGAGGGUCCGCUGGGAGGACUGGAGAGGGAGUGGGAGGUGGUGGAGAGGGAGAGGGCGGCCCUGGAGCGAGAGAGGGAGAUGGUGGAGCGAGACCGGGCGUCCGUGGAGAGAGAGCGGGCGGCGGUGCAGGCGGAGCGGCUGUGGUUAGAGAGAGAGCGAGCAGCCGUGGAGAGGGACAGGGCGAUGGUGGAGCAGGAGCGAGCGACGCUGGGGAGAGAGAGGGAGGUGCUGGACCAGAGAACACUGAUGCUGAACUCUGUGGGACACUCGGGUCACCUCAACGCCCUCAUGUAG